UCCUCAAAAUAGGUCCACUGUUUCUGACAUAAAGAAGCAGGAACUAGGAUGUUUCAGAUUCUUCUGCUUCUAGGAUCAUUUUUGCUUCAUAAACAAGCAUCGCUAGCAGCUCCUCUGGAGCAUUGCACACAAAAAUGUGGUGACGUUGCCAUUUCCUUUCCCUUCGGGAUUGGAACUGGGUGUUUCCUCGAUGAGUGGUACGAGAUCGACUGCCAGAAUGACACUGUCCCGAUACUGAAGAAGGCCAACUUGAGGGUGCUCGACUUUUUGCUACCUGAUAUCCACGAGAAAAGGAACGGCAUGAUCAAGGUCAGUCUUCCAAUAAUCUACUCGUCAAAUGUGAGCUGCGGCAGCGAUGGAAGCUCCACACCUGUGAGCUUGAAAGGCAGCCAGUUUGUCUUCUCUGCUUCACAAAACGACUUUGCUGCCGUCGGUUGCAAUAUACAUGCUCGGAUGGAUGACGCAGAGCCUACUAACAUAAGUUGCGGAGCAGACAACAGCACUGUUAGGAACGCCACCUGUUCGGGCAGUAACGGAUACUGUCAAAUCAGGAUUACCUCGGUUUUUCAGGCUUUCACCGUUGAUUUCCAGCCAUACAAUAAAACAGCAGGAGAAAAUGAAUGCAAUUAUGCCUUCUUGGCAGAUAGGUCGCGGUUCAUGCCUUCGGUUAUGGACUUCAAUAAGUUGAGGGCGAGCGGGCAUUUCCCAGCUGUCCUAGAAUGGGGGAUAGCAAAUUCCUCAACAGCUGAGUUAGAGAUUUACAAUUAUGGCUCCAUCUUCAACGUACCCUACAACUGCAGUUCAGUCAGCUUCGAUUCUGCAUAUCCCAUGGCGAUGCCCUUUUUGCAGUGUGUUUGCAGCCCGGGCUUCUUUGGUAACCCCUAUAUAAAAGAUGGAUGCAAAGAUGCAGUCGAAAUAAGUCCGACCUCCCCCGGAAUACCGAACUCCUCCGCCCUACGUGACCUUGCUUUAUAUGGACAUAUGACAAGUUCGGUUUCUGUCAUAGGUAAGCAAGUUUCUACAUUCUAUUCAUUUAAAUUCUUGAUGAUAAGUUCCUUUAUAGAUUCCUGUCAAGCGGAGUACUUUUUUUCUCACUUUUGCCCCUUGAGUUUUGGCAAUGCAGUGGCCCUGGCUAGCGUGGUAGGCCUUGGGGCACUACUCUUGUGUCUUUUCUCACGGUGGUUGUACAAAUACAUCAAGAAGAGAAAAGAAACCAAGCUCAAAGAGAAGUACUUCAAACGCAACGGUGGUCUUUUGUUGGAAAGAGAGCUUUCGACACCAGAAGGCAAUGUUGAGAGAAGCAAAUUGUUCAACUCCAAGGAUUUAGGGAAGGCCACUAAUAAUUUUGAUAAUAGUAGGAUACUCGGGCAAGGUGGACAAGGUACUGUUUACAAAGGAAUGUUAACAGAUGGAAAAAUAGUUGCAAUUAAAAAAUCAAUGGCGAUAGACAAGAGAAAAAUCGAACAAUUCAUAAAUGAAGUUGUCAUUCUCUCACAAAUUAACCACAGAAAUGUGGUUAAGUUAUUGGGGUGUUGCUUGGAAACAGAAGUUCCACUUUUGGUAUAUGAGUUUAUACCAAACGGGACUCUAUACCAAUAUUUACAUGACCCAAAUGCAGAAGCGCCUAUAUCGUGGGACACACGCCUACGAAUUGCAACUGAAAUCGCAGGAGCCUUAUUCUACUUGCAUUCAGCAGCCUCUAUUCCCAUUUAUCAUCGAGACAUCAAGUCCACCAAUAUCCUCUUGGAUGAGAAGUAUCGAGCAAAAGUGGCAGAUUUUGGUACUUCCAAGUCCGUUUCCCUCGAUCAAACUCAUGUAACCACAUUAGUGCAGGGGACUUUCGGUUACUUAGAUCCUGAGUAUUUCCGAUCAAGCCAAUUUACAGACAAAAGCGAUGUGUACAGCUUCGGAGUCGUCCUUGUUGAACUCUUAACAGGACAAAAGCCAAUCUCGUCCCAAAGGGAAGAAGAAGGAAGAAGCCUCGCAAUGUAUUUCAUAAUUUCGGUGGAAGAGAAUCGCUUGUUUGACAUUGUCGAUGCUCAUGUGUUGAAAGAAGGUAAGAUGGGAGAGAUUGCAUCCGUUGCUAACCUUGCAAAGAGGUGCUUAGACUUGAACGGGAGGAACCGGCCUACAAUGAAAGAAGUGGCAAUGGAGUUGGAGGGGAUAAGGAAGACCCAAUAUCCUCCGGACAUACAGCAAAAUCAAGAGAACUGUGAGGCAACUGAAUCUCAUGAUGCUGUCUUUACAUCUAGCAACUCAAGCAUUGAAAUGUCUACAUUUUCGGGUGUGCAGACACUCUUACCUAGGGAGACCUAGUGAAGAUUUGUUUUGCCCAUUGCUCUUAUGGAGCCAUAUUGCUCUGUUUGUCCUGUAAAGCGGUCUUCAAAGGAAAAAAGAAAGGAAGAAAGGGGGGAUGAAGACUUGUUCGUUUACUAACAGAGGGACUUUGGUCAGUUUUUUUAUGGGUCAUGUACUUAUUCUCGGUGUAAGGGACCAAUAAAUUUUUUAAGUUGCACUUAUUUUCGAUUUCA